AUGGCCACUGCAACGACAACCACAACGGCGCAGCUUGCGCAGCAGAUGCUCGAGCACCGUGCCCCACGACCGACCUUCUCCUUCACACCCUUCCUCCAGAACACAUAUCACCACGGGCUACCCCCAGACCGGCCGAUAUGUAAGGCAUACGCGGCCGGACACUGUCCGCUGGGCACGCGCUGCCCCGAGCGGCACGUGUCGUCGUCGGCCACCAAGCAGGAGGGCGGCGGCGGCUCGGCAUACAACUCGCUGGUGUGCAAGCACUGGCUGCGUGGGCUGUGCAAGAAGGGCGAGAGCUGCGAGUUUUUGCACGAGUACAACCUGCGCAAGAUGCCCGAGUGCAACUUUUUCGUGCGCAACGGCUACUGCAGCAACGGUGAUGAGUGUCUGUACCUGCAUAUCGACCCACAGUCCAAGCUGCCGCCCUGUCCGCACUACGAGCAGGGCUUCUGUCCGCUUGGCCCGCGCUGCUCAAAGAAGCACGUCCGCAAGAAGCUGUGUCCCUACUACCUUGCCGGCUUCUGCCCUGACGGAAAGACAUGCAAGGAGGGCGCACAUCCGCGGUGGGAGAAGGACCUGGAGAAGCCAACUGCGAAGGUGGAGAAGAAAGAGGAUGACGAGAGUGUCUUGGGCAAGCGAGAGCAUAUGGAUGACGAAGAUGAGGGAAUGUUUAGAGAACGGGGAGACCGGGACCGCGGUGGACAUGAUCGGGGGGGCCACAAAGACAGAUUUGGUGGCGGCCGAGGUGGAGGUGGUCGCUGGAGAGGAAAGCCAGGAGGAGGACACAAGUUCAGGGGCAGGCAUUAG